CUCGUUCCUGCACUUCCUUGCUUCUGAUCCCAAAUCCCGGCAUACCGACCUCUGCCUGUCUUCCAACCAACCCACAGACAGACAGCUGCACCCAGGAUGACUCUGCAACCAUUAAAUCCAGUGAACUGCGAAGGCCUUCUGCAACACGGUUGUUCUCUUCUCCAUCUUGAUGGUGAAGUUCUCCUUUUUGGCCAGAAAGGCUGGCCCAAGCGCUCCUGCCCAACAGGAGUAUUUGGUUUGAGGUUGAAACGUGGCGAGCUCAGGUUGAGAGCCAUAUCCUUCUCUAAUGACUCGCAAUACCUUCCUCCUUUGCGCUUUCCUUCAGUUUGCCGCCUUGAUCCGCAUGAUGGACUCCCGGAGAGUUAUCUCAUCCAUGGCGGCCGCACCCCCAACAAUGACAUCUCAUCAAGCCUUUACAUACUUAGCAUGGAUAGUCGCGGCUGCAAUCGCAAACUGACCCUGCGGUGUCAAGAGAAAGAAUUGGCUGGAGAAGUGCCAGGUGCCAGAUAUGGCCACACGCUCAGUGUGGUUCAAAGCAGAGGGAAGACAGCCUUUGUAGUUUUUGGUGGAAGGUCCUACAUGCCUCCAAAAGAGAGGACCUCAGAGAACUGGAACACCGUGGUUGACUGUCCUCCUCAAGUGUUCUUGUUCGACUUGCAGUUUGGUUGUUGUUCUGCUUACACGUUUCCAGACCUAAGUGAAGGACAGUCCUUCCAUGUGGCCCUCUCGAGAGAGGACCACGUCUACAUCCUCGGGGGUCACUCUUUGAAAUCUGACGGCCGACCACCGCGGCUCUUUCGUCUGCACGUUGAGCUCCCGCAAGGUUGUCCAUUAUUGUCCUGUGAGCGCCUUGACUUUGGCCUGUCCAUCUCAAGUGCUGUAAUCACUCGCACAGGCCCCGCUCACCAAUAUAUUAUGUUGGGAGGUUAUCAAUCGAACUCUCAGAAGAGAAUGGAGUGCAGCACUGUCAUUCUGGAUGAGAAGGGGAUUCACAUAGAACCUCUUGAACCGCCAAAAUGGAGCCCAGAUAUCGUUCAUAGUGGAACUUGGUAUGGUGGCGCUGUGGGAGAACAAAGUAUGUUGCUAGCUGUGCCAACUGAGAGCAGGUCAUGCCAAACAAAUAUGCAUUACUUCUAUUUAGUAAACUUCCAGAAAGAGGUCGAGAGCAAAGAAGACAUGCAAAGUCAGCAGGGCUGCAGCCAAGAUCUGACAGAUUAUGACAAUUCAACUCCUCUUGAAGAUUCAGAGGAGCUCUACUUUGGCCGUGAGCCUCAAGAGUUGGAUGACAGCAGUGACGGUGAAGGUAAUUCUUACAAUGAGAAAGAUGAGGAGGAUGAGUCACAGUCAGGCUACUGGAUCAAAUGUUGCCAUGCCUGUCAGCUGGACCUCAAUACGUGGGAGCCGUAUUACUCCACGGAGCUCCACCGGCCAGCCAUGAUCUUCUGCUCCAAAGGAGAGGCGGGGCACUGGGUCCAUGCCCAGUGCAUGGAGCUGUCUGAGACACUGCUACUCAAGCUCUCUCAGGACAACAAGAAAUACUUCUGCCAAGAACACGGGGGUCUUCCUAACCAGGAGAUGACCCCACCUCGAAAAGUGAUACCUUUAAAGCGUACCCCUGUAAAAGUUAAAAACAGGAAGUCCUAUACAGCUCACAAGCUGUCCGGAGCCAAAAAAGGUGUUUUCAGAAGACUUUUUGAUUAA